AUGUCGAGCAAGGACGCGGAAGAGAUCCCCCUCCUGUCUGCCGAUGAGCGGCGCGCCGCCGCUGGCACGAGUGUCGACCGCGACCCGCCUGCGUCUGGCACGCGGCAGCGCCGAACUGAGGGAACGGGCGACAAGGUCGCCGACCGCGGCCAGGCUCUGAAGAAGAAGGGCGGCCAGUUCGCGGCCCAGGCGGAGCAGGACGUCAAGGGCGUCGUCAACAUUGCGCAGAAGGGUGUGGCUAGCGGAACGUGGUUCUACCCCAUCCGUGGUGUCGUGUACCUCCUUACUCACCCCAACCUCCUCUUCCCCCUCCUCCCGACCCUGGCCAAAGCGGCCGGCGUCUCCCUCGCGAUCCUGCUCGGCUGCUUCUUCCUCCUCUACCUGCCGCAGGUCGCCUUCCUCGCCCUCUUUACGGGUCCUCUGGCCGUGAUUGCCGCCGUGCCCCUCGUGCUCGCCGAGAGCUACGUCGUCAUCAUGUGGGCGUGCAAGGCGUUCCUCCUGACCGACGUCGCGGACGACCUCUUCGACGCCGUCCUUGUGAACAAGGGCCAGGCGCGCCUCGUUGAGGCCAACCGCGCUGUCAAGACCUGGUCUGGCGGCAAGGUGCUCGGCAAGCUCAAGGCGCGCACCGUUGGCAAGCUCUCGACGGAGAACAUCGUUCGCUACGUCCUCACUCUGCCCCUCAACUUUAUCCCUGUUGUCGGUACGGCCUUCUUCCUGGGCUACAACGGUCUGAAGACCGGACCUUCUUACCACCGCCGAUACUUUGAGCUCAAGGGUUGGGGACCUAGCCAGGUUCAGGAGUGGACCACGAAGCGCAAGCCCCAGUACGCCGCUUUCGGCACUGCCGCGAUGGUGUUCAACCUCGUCCCCGUCGCUUCCGUGCUGCUCAACCUCUGCAGCAACGUCGGUGCUGCACUCUGGGCCGCCGACAUCGAGAACGGCCGCGACAGCGGCGACGACGUCGCUGACGUCGCCCUUCCCACCGGCACCUAUCUCCAGGACAACAAGGAGGGCCAGAAGAAGGAGCUCUAG